AUGGUUCGUUUUGUGACACCUUUGAUCCUGGCUUCGCUGUCAGCGACCGCUCUUGCUGCUCAGUCCUGCAGCACCAGCAGCCAGUGUAAGGAUGAGACUUACCCCUGUUGCUCCCAAUAUGGUGAGUGUGGUACCGGUGCCUACUGUCUCGGUGGUUGCGACCCUCUCGCUUCUUUCUCUCUCGACUCGUGUGCCCCCAUGCCCGUCUGUGAGAGCAAGACUUACACCUGGGAGAACCUCGACAACGCUGUCUCCCAGGACAAGUACCUCGGUAACGCUUCCGCCGCCGACUGGACUUACUCCGGAAAGCCCAAGACCGAGGAUGGCAACUUGAUCAUGACCAUGCCCGCCAAGAGUGUCGGUACUCUUUUCGCCAACAACCACUACAUCUGGUACGGCAAGGUCUCUGGAAAGAUUAAGAGCUCCCGCGGCAAGGGUGUCGUGACUGCUUUCAUUCUGCUGUCCGAUGUCAAGGAUGAGAUCGACUACGAGUGGGUCGGUGCCGACUUGACCAACGUCCAGACCAACUACUACUGGCAGGGUGUCCUUGACUGGCACAACAGCGGCAACAUCUCCGUGGAUGGUGGUGACACCUUCGACGAUUGGCACACUUACGAGAUCGACUGGACCCCCGAGAAGGUCGACUGGAUCGUCGAUGGCUCCGUCCAGCGCACCCUGAAGAAGUCCGACACCUACAACGCCACCUCCAAGCAGUACCAGUUCCCCCAGACCCCGUCCCGCCUGCAGAUGUCUCUCUGGCCCGCCGGCCAGGCCUCUAACGCCCAGGGCACCAUCGACUGGGCUGGCGGUGAAAUCGACUGGAACAGCGAGGACAUCAAGAACGUCGGCUACGACUUCGCCACCGUUGGCGAGGUCAGCGUCCAGUGCUACGACCCUCCUUCCGAUGCCAAGAACAACGGCAAGAAGGCUUACCUUUACACCAACUCCGCCGCCAUGGAAUCCGACAUCGAGAUCACCAACAACUCCACCGUUCUCGCUUCCCUCGGUGCUACUGGCCUCGACAUGGAUCUCGGCGCCAAGUCUGCCUCUUCCAGCGGCUCUUCCACCACCACUGCGGCUAACAGCAUCCCCUCCUCCAACGGUGGCUCCGGCGGCAUGGCUUCCAACAGCACUACCGAGGCCUCUGGCUCUACCACUGGUACUUCUACCAGCAACGACGCCCAGUCUACCACCUCCACUGGUUUCAGCCAGGGUGCUACCACCAAGGACAGCGGUGCUGCCGGACAGAACGAGCGCGUUCUCCGUGGCUCGCUCUUCGGUGUCCUGGUGGCCCUUGUUGUCCUCGUGACGCUGUAA